UAACCGUGUGGAAGCCUGGACUAGGGAUGUUGACUUCCUGCUCCGACAAGAAGGGAGACCCAUGGUAAAUCUUACUGGUGAUAGGAAGCAUGUGAGAGUGAUGGAAGCAGAUUGGCAGAAUACUGAUAAAGCAGUAAAUUGGAUAAAGGAAGAAGCCGUUAACCUUAUUCAACCAUUUGUCCUUUACUUGGGACUAAAUUUACCACACCCAUAUCCAUCACCCUAUGCGGGAGAAAAUUUUGGAUCCUCUACAUUUUUAACAUCUCCCUAUUGGCUUGAAAAGGUAACUUAUGAAGCUAUUAAAAUUCCCAAGUGGUCUUCUCUUUCAGAGAUGCAUCCAGUAGACUAUUACUCAUCUUACACCAAGAAUUGCACGGGAGAGUUUACAAAGCAAGAAGUGAGAAAUAUUAGAGCAUUUUAUUAUGCUAUGUGUGCUGAGACAGAUGCCAUGCUGGGAGAGAUUAUUUCAGCGCUGAGAGAUACUGGACUUCUUAAAGAAACAAUCAUUAUAUUCACUGCGGAUCAUGGAGAACUGGCUAUGGAACACCGGCAGUUCUAUAAAAUGAGCAUGUAUGAAGGAAGUUCCCAUGUUCCUCUUCUGGUUAUGGGGCCAGGCGUAAAAGAACAGCAGCAAGUACCAAAUGUGGUAUCUCUUGUGGAUAUAUAUCCUACUAUGCUUG